AUGCUCCCAGCAGGUCGUGUCGUAGCUGUUGCAAUUAGCAAGAAUCUGGUCGCAAACUGUACUCGUGUGACUUCCGUCGCUUGCAUCCAUCAUGAUAAGAGCAAUCCAAGUUAUGGAGUGGGCGAAAAAUCGGAACAAAAUCAGAUGAAGAUGAGUACUGAGAAUAUGCCGCAUCGCAAAGAAGCAAUGAAACAAAAGGCGAAACAUGUGACCGAGAAUAUCACCGAUAGUGGAAUGGGCCGAAACAUCGAUGAGUUGAAGGAGAAAAUCGGGGACAAGGUCUACCAUGCGAAAGAAGCCGUCAAAGAGACGGCUCACAAAAUGAAAGAGGCUGUCGAGGGGACGGACAUCAGCAAAAAGGCGGAGAAUCUCAAGGACAAGGUUGAGAGCAAGGUCUCCGAGGCGGCUCACGAGAUGAAGGGCUCGACUUUGGGCGAGAAAGUCGGCGCUGUGAAAGAGAAAAUCGGGGACAAGGUCCAACAAGCCAAAGAGGCCGUCGGGGAAAAGGUGGAUGAGUUGAAGAUGAAAAUCGGCGCCAAAGAGGUGAAGACGAAUCCGGAAGAGUUUGUCCCAAACAAUGAAAUUGCAGCGAAUUUGUUAUUUGACGACAUUCACGAUAUUGAUCGCAUUAAGGCCAAAGCCGAGCACUUGACAGACGAGCAAUUGACGGAUUUGCUUCGCAACGAGAUGAAGUUCAGUCGUCAACCGAAAGAUCAUUCGCAGCAAAAAUUGAAGAGGAGUGAAAAAACGGCAAAAGUUGAGCCAGUGAUGAUGGAAGAGAACAAACAUUUUCACUACGAUUUGUCUUUCGAACGGGGAGACGCCGAGAAAAUACAGGCAGAAAUGCGCAAUCUCAGCGAAGAGCAGUUACAGGCUGAGCUGAUGAAAGAGACGCAAAAAAGGAGCAAGUUGUCUGAUCCGGAUCCAGAACAGUUUGUCCCCCGAAAAGACAUCGAGGACAACAAAUAUUAUGAUCACAUUCAUGACACCGGAAUGAUGCAGAUGAAGCAAGACGGUCAACUACAGAAAUCUCUCGAGGAGAUUCUUCGGGAUGAAUUACGCAAGAGGCAACUUCCAGAGCCCGAUCCCGAAGAGUUCGCCGCUCACAUGGAGGUGGCCGAGAACAAGUACUUCGACGACAUUCACAAUAUUGAUGACAUGAGAAUCAAGGCCGAGCACUUGGAUAAAGAGAUGGAAGCUCUUCGAAAGGAUGUCUCAGCCACGCGCGAUCAAACCCCAAUGGAAGAGGUUGAAGAGAUGGAAAGAGCGGCGAAAUCGGGCAAGAUGGAUCCGUUCCUGAAGGAGAAGUUGGGAAGUGAAGUGAGGAAA